AUGGCCCUUGAAGUGGGGCUUGUAGGUGUACUGACCAUGGUGGACUCGGCGAUGGGAAAGGUCCCAAUUGCCAAUGUCUUUACCUGCCGCUUGCGCCUCUUGGAAGACCCUUCACUGGGCUCCGUUUUUGGCUUAGAAAAGGGCACCAUCAACAGCUGUUCAUCCCCGGCAUGGUUAGCACCAUCUACCACUGUGGUAGAACAGCGUGGCCUGGUCUUCAGCAUGAGGGUUUGCUUCCACGCACACUACGGUUCCUACCGCUGUAAAGAAAAAUGCAUCACCCACCACUCAGACUACUGCUGUAAGGCUGACUGCAGCCAGUAUGAUUGCUGCAACUGGUCCAGUGCCCAGCUCCGCAGCCCUCUGCCUGCCCCAAGAAGACAUCUGGCCCUGCCCCUGUCUGAGUCCCAGAUCCACCGGUUCUUCCAGGCCCUGAACCUCUCCUCUCCCGCUUGGUUUGCUCAUAAGAUGUCUGAGAGCCCAGACCCAUUUACCCCGCCCCUGGAGCUGGGUGUGUCCACUGGCGACCUGCGCCAAAUACACUUGUUCCUCAACAGUUCCGGACUUAAGGCUCUUCCCCAGGCUAGACCCCGGCACGUCCCUUCCAGAUUCUGCUCUGCAGUCCUCGAUCCCUGUGGUCUCCUAGGCCUCUUCUAUACUCCGACUACCUGGCCCCAGUGCCAGGCUCUAGCAGGAGGGGCAGAGAUGGACGCUAGCAUCAGCCAGGCUUCUCGGCAUCUGCGCUCUCAGGCAGUGCUGGAGUCUGCGGUGGUCACCUGUGCUGGAGGUGGGCCGCCCCUGAUUGAGGAGACGACGCACAGCCCCUCGCCCACACCCAGCUCCUCUCAGGAUGUCUGCUAA